AUGUCGUCGCGACUGCUCACUAUGAAGUUCAUGCAACGCGCUGCUGCCACAGCCGCUGCGAAGGAAUCUUCUCAAAAACCCUCGAGCACUGAUCCCAAUACGCCCUCACCCAAACGACAGAAAGUCGGCUACAACGACGCAACGCAAAGCCCCUCCGGUACGCCUACGUCUGAUCUAGAAGCCAUAUCGGCUGCCCUGGCGGCUGAGGAGGAGAAGCGUCGGGAGGCGGUUACACGACAAGCUGCGGAGGCGGGCGAAUCCGAGUGGGUGCUCGACUACGGCAAUGACGCUUUCAAUCAGUAUCCGUCGCAACCGCCUGUGGUUGUGGCCGAUUCGUUGGAUGUUGAUAGUGAGGAUAUGGAUUAUGGUGGACGCCAAUCAUACGGGAACUACAAGAAAAAGAACAAGAACUGGAAGGCGAACAAAGAUCCAGAGUCUGGAAGCGAGGAAGAGGACGACGAGGAUAUUGACGCCUUGAUAGAAAGUGGCAAGAAAAAGGCGAACAAGAAAGACAAGGACAGGGCCCACCAGCCGGUCAGGUUGUCCAAGCUCACGUCGAUAUCCGGUGGGGGUCAAAUUCAAGGCGGGGGGAUGAGCAGAUCCCAGAAGAAGCGCAAGAGCAAGUAA